AUGAAGCUGCUUCUUCAAUUUCUCCGGAGGUUCAUGGAUCCACUUAUGUUGAAACCUGAAAUCUUUUACGAUAACGUCCAUAACAUAAUCUUUGAAGCAGUUUCGAAUCAACUUAAUUUGUUUGAAGUAGAUGUUGGACCCGAUUGUCGAGAGUAUUUACUGCUUCAACAAAAGUCUGGAGUUCCUGAAUCAAUCAUUAAGCAGGUGCGCAACGAUUGUUUAAAAUUUCUUGUAACCGCUUCCAUUGAAAUCCGCCGGAGACUGCCGAUCGAUGAUCCAUUUCUCUCAGAUCUGACAGUUUUCGCGAAGGAAACUACCCUCUUCGAUCCUGACAGGAAUUCAUCGUUUUCGAAAGUAGAAAACACCUGUCAUGCUCUUAAGGUUCCCAGAGGGAGACUUAUUCAGGAAGAGUAG